CUUCCUCCUUGCCUCCUACUAGCUCUCAUGAAUGUCUCACUUCGUCACUUGGCCUCGGACCUUAACGGCCACCUCCGAUAUCCAUCUGACCAUGUAACUCCGAGGUGCGAAACUCUUGCAACUCUGCAUCGCGUGCCGUAUCGCCCUAGCCUCCCAGCGCGCCCAGCGCCCAUUCCCACCGAUCACAGGGCGCAGAGGCCAGAGGUCAAGUCCGGCGCUCCGGGCUCCCUGUCGCAAACAUCAGCCACUGACGCCGGCCUCUCGGACCGUAGUCUCUUAAUCCACCUAAUGCCCAAUAGGCUGGGGCAUCGGAUGUCGCCGCCAUAUUAAUUUUGCAUGCAUCAUGACUG